AUGUCUUCCUCUAUUCAUCCCGCAGUCACUGUCACAAACAUCAAAGCUCUAAUCCCUAUUACUCUUGACAUCGAGAAUGGCCAUUAUACAACGUGGUCGGAGUUAUUUAAAAUUCAUUGCAUCUCGUAUGAUGUAUAUGAUCAUCUUCAGCCGAAGAAAUCCACUGAGACGUCCUCUUCCUCUGAUAAAGACCAAGCCAAGGACAAGACUACCUCUUCCCCAUCGUGGGAACGCCUUGAUUCCAUUGUAUUACAAUGGAUUUACGGGAGGAUUUACACUGAUCUUCUGCAUAUUAUUUUGAAGCCCAACACUAACGCAUACGCUGCUUGGACGGUGUUGGCGAAUAUUUUUCAAGAUAAUAAGGCCACGCGUACCAUCGAUCUUAACAAAAAGUUUGCCAACACUCGUCUUGAACAAUUUCCCUCCAUGACGGCUUACUGCCAGGCGCUCAAGGUAAUCUAUGAUCAACUCACUAAUGUUGGCUCUCCGAUCACUUAA